CUUGUCUGUUAAGCUUGUGAUUUAAAGAUUUUUGCUGUAUUGUUAGCAUGAUUUUUUUUGUAUGGACGGUAAUUUUUUCAUUUCAAAGUCUACUGGAACAAGAGAACGGUGACCUAUGGACGGUAAUUUUUUUUUUUCGACGUCUACUGGAACAAGAGAACGGUGACGUCGACAUGGAAAUUCAAAGAGAUAUGGAAAAUGAAAUUCAGCGACUUCAGGAAGAUCAGAAUGGGAUGAGCAAUGAAAUGCAAGAACUCAGGGAAACAAUUGAUGACAAGAACAAUCAAAUUCACCAACUUGAAGAAGAUAAGAAUGGGAUGAGCAAUGAAAUGCAAGAACUCCGGGAAACAAUUGAUGACAGGAACAAUCAAAUUCACAAACUUCUCGAAGAUAAGAAUGAGAUAAACAAUGAAAUUCGACGACUUCGAGAAGAUGCUAAGUCUCGCUUUCACAUACAGGAAAAAUCUGUGGUAUUCUCAACUAACGAUGUGCUCGGACAAGGGGCUUAUGGUGCUGUUUACAAGGGAGACUUUCAUGGAUCUAAAGUAGCGGUUAAAGAAUACCACGAAGUUAUUAUAUCUGAUUAUAACUUGAAAAUUCUCCAACGUGAAGUAUAUAUCGCAUCGCAGUGUCGUCAUCCGAAUUUACUACAGUUUAUAUGCGCAGAGAGAAAUGAUCAAAAUCGUUUGUUAAUCGUGACAGAACUGAUGGAUACGACUUUACGUGCAUAUAUUGAGGGACAUGCAAGCCCGCCGUUGAAAUUCGAGGAACUAAAAUUAAUUUCCUUAGACGUGGCAUGCGGUCUUAACUACCUUCAUUCAAUGAAACCAAACCCAAUAGUCCACCGUGAUAUCAGCAGUGUCAACGUAUUGUUAUGGAUCGAGAAUUAUUCACCAAGAAGAGCGAAGAUAUCAGAUUAUGGUUCAGCUAACUUCAUAGAUAUGUGCAACACAUCAAAUCCUGGAGCAGUCCUUUACGCUGCACCUGAAGCAAACCAAAAUUCACAAGACCCAAAGGUAGUGAAAACGAUCGAUGUCUUCAGCUAUGGAAUUCUGGUCUGUGAGAUAGCAAUUUGUGAACAGCCUGAUCCCAGAAAUAGAAAAAAUCAAAGGAAAAGUAUUUCAAACAAAAAUAUCAAAAAACUUGUGAAAUCCUGUACAAAACCAGAACCACAAGACAGGCCUACAAUGCAGAAAGUGCUUGAGAACUGGCAACGCAACUCGUCAGACAACGCCGGCCGGCGUCGGUUUCUGCCGAAGCUAAGUUGAACGGAUCUUCCCAUGCAAUUUCGAUCAAUUAUCUUAGCUUAUUAAAGGGCCCUUACGAAAAAGACACAUGCAAAUCACAUGUGAGUCACAUGUACAUGCCAUGUGAUCAUAUGUGAUCAACAUGUGAAUACAUGUGGUUAUAUGGAGUCUACAUGUGACCCACAUGUGAUGCGCAUGUGGUUACAUGGGAUACACAUGUAGUUCACAUGGGGAAUAUCUGUAAACACAUGUGGUUGAGAUCUAUCUCGCCUUUCGAGUAGGGUACACUUUCAGUCCAGAAAAUUUAAUAUUUAGAUUUUUUAGCUUCUAAAUUUUAGCUUUUAUUCCAAUCGAUCACAAAAUAAUUUCGUCUUUCGGUUCAAUCCCGAAAACGUCGGCAGCGGACCAUCAGAUGAGGUAUACGUGCACAAAUUAUAAAUUUGUUUUAAUAAAAAAUGUGAACAGCAGACCUGUGGAUGAAGUGUACGCAUGCGCAAAACUUUUAGGUUUAAAUCUGCACACCAUAGCCGAUAUUUUAGAUAUUUUAGUUAUCAGGGGCCAGUUGUAAAAAACUCUUAACUACAAUACAUUUUAAUUAGCUAAAUCGUAGUUAUUAGAAAAUACACGAUUCUGAUUAGCCACUUCUGCCACUAACUAUAUAGUUAAAAGUUAACUACCUUUUUAUACAACCGCGGCUCCAGGAACAGACGGUUUUUGGGAAAAGUAACAAUGCAACCAAAAGGCCGAAGUUUUUUGUAUAGAGGUAAUCAUAUGACGGCUAUUAUUUAGAUGAAUUCGCGGGUAAUUUCGUCCAAUUACAAUGCUUGGCUGGCGAACAGUCGAGCUUGCGACUUGAUUUUGCGUGGACAAGAGGCUUAAGACAACGUCAAUAUGUCCGAUGCAGUUGUAUAAAAUCGAUAAAAUACAUUAAAAUAUACCGCUCAAUUUUGAAAGCACUGUCUGCAUAAGCGACCCCGACCGUUCGAGAAGUUAAAUACAAACUUGAGAGCUGCAAAGUCUACGGAAAUAUAACAGCAGCAUGAAUCCGCCGGAAAUAUUUCACGUCACGCAUUCCAACAAUGAUAAUUAGUACAGGGAACUCCUUGAAAUCAG